CACCUUCCUCUUUCAUCCAUCUUCCCUCGACACCUCGUUGAUAAAGCUGCUCGGAAUACCAUUCAGAUGAAGACGCCUCACCUCUCUGUGCUUGCUUACCCUUCAAUCUGUCCACGAUGCCAUCCACGCGCUACGGCAUGCCCUACAUCCUCGAAGACACGACGGGCAGUCUCACCGGGUCUGAAUUCAUCGACAUCAACGAGCGGAUGCACUUCCGUGUCCGGUGCACGGCAAAAGACACUCAACACACCGCAUAUAUGAUCUACAACUCCCACCACAGCUCCAACCCGGGGCGCGUGGCGAUUCCCCUCCCCGUCGCGGGGCUGGACUUCGGGCGCGAGCACGCGUUGGGGACGAUCAGUUACUCAUCGGAGGGGGUGCCGAUGCGCAAAUACCUCGUCAGGCCAGAGAACAAAGUCAUCUCGUUCGGGAUCCAUAGUGGCGGGCACCGCGUUCGCCGCUUUCUCGCUUCAGACGGGCAGGUGUACCAAUGGGCUAGGAAGACCCAUGUGAAUCAGGAAUGGACGUGCACGGACCUGAACGGAUAUGUCAUUGCGUCGUACAGCCUAAAGUCCCCAGGCGAGCCGGACUACACGACUUCGUCUGGCUGUAUUCUGGAAAUUGCCGAACAAUUCGGUGGACUGGCCGUGGAGAUACUCGCCUCGCUGCUUAUCAUGCGGCACAUCGUGGCGUAUGACCUGUCAUGAGCGGCUGAAUUGUCCUCAACUCCGCGCUCCUCGUUCAAAUGUAUCUUACCGCAUCACCUAUUAUAUCCGCCGUCAGGCGCUCCAUGUUAUGUCUCUUACUCACACGCACAACCGCACGCUGCAAAGUGUUGUAAUUCCUCAUUGAUACCUGUACAUAUCCACCUAUUAGCUUUGCUCUGUUGUAUCCUGUAUAAAUGGAAGUGAAUUCAUGUCUACACUUCAUCUUAACACAAGCUUCGGUUUUCCCGAUGAAAAUCUGAUCCGCCACGUGCGUCUGCUCCGAGCCUUCGUGGUGGGUUCCCAAGCAUUGAUUUCAAUACUCAUCCUCAUCUAGUUCGGAGGUUCUCGCAAAUCUCCGACGAUUAUUGAUCUGAAGAUUCCUUCCCAUAUGUAAGGCUCGGCCCUGCACCAUAGCACAGAUGCACAGAUGAAGCACUGUGCAGAUACGACAUUGACUCGGGCGUUGCACGACUAGAGCUUACUUUUGUUUUUUGGAAUCCUCCUCCGCUGUUUUGAAAGAGUAUCCUUCUUCUCGUCCCCCUUCCGAUCAAUAUCUCCCCGGUCAUCAACCACGCCUGCCAGCCUCCGGAUCUGCUCCCAAUCGACCUCAAUGCCCUCCACCUCAUACGCCGUCCGGAAGGCCGGCUGGCUGUAGACAAUCCACGCCAGCCGGGCCUCACGCGUCAU